CUUAAUCAGGACUCACACAACAGUAAUGAAUGGAAAAGCGAAGAAGCCAGCAAAGUUCAGAAAGUAGCUGUGCGGUCGGUUAAAAUGAUUUCAUCGGACCGAGGAUUUUCAGCGCGAGAUGUAGGGGCCCGGAGAAGUUACUCAAGAAUAAAAACCUACUAAACGCGUAUUCUUACGUUUGAAAUACAAAUAGGCUACGCGUAGCGUAUGUAGUAACAAAGGUUUACUAUAUUGAUGCAAUAUGGGACUGAUGUGGCUAACGUUAACGAUUUCUGACUGAUCCAGGAAUGCGAAGUCCGGACGGAAAGGAAAUACCCAUUCGCUGAAUCGGAAUUGCAUUUACUGGUGAUUACUUGGGUAAAUUACACAUUUGUUCGGAGGAAACGUAGGCAUCUGAGACGAAGGAAAGGACUUUCUUUUCAAAGGAUACAUAUUGUUUUUUCUUAACCAUGGGGAAUAUUGAGAGUGUGGACGGACAAUCAGAAAUGAAGACUCAUAUAAUGCCAUUAAAGGUCCCCAUGCCAGACCCCAUUGAACUGGAAGAGAGAUUUGCAAUAGUUUUGAACUCGAUGAACCUCCCCCCCGACAAGGCCCGCCUCCUACGCCAGUAUGACAGCGAGAAGAAGUGGGACCUGAUCUGCGACCAGGAAAGGUUUCAGGUGAAGAACCCGCCCCACACUUACAUCCACAAACUGCGGGGCUACCUGGACCAAGGCGUCACUCGAAAGAAAUUUCGCCGGCGGGUUCAGGAGUCCACCAAGGUGCUGCGGGAGCUGGAGAUUUCGCUGCGGACCAAUCACAUCGGGUGGGUUCGGGAGUUCCUCAACGAUGAGAACAGGGGGCUGGAUGUGCUGGUGGAGUACCUGUCUUUCGCCCAGUGCGCCGUCAUGUUGGAUUUUGAGGGGCUGGAGAAGGGUGAGGAGGGCUUUCUGGAGAGGGCCAAGUCCUGGAGCAGAUCCAUGGAGGAUCUGCACCAGAGUGAAGGCCAGGCCUUCUGCAACACGCUCACCCGCUCCGCCCACCAGUCCAUGCUCCGGUAUAGCACGAUGACCAACAGCAAGGCCAUCAAGAACGCCCGGCUGAUCAGCCAGAAGGAUGAUGUACACGUGUGCAUCAUGUGCUUACGGGCCAUCAUGAACUACCAGUACGGAUUCAACCUGGUCAUGUCCCACGCCCACGCCGUCAAUGAGAUCGCCCUCAGCCUGAACAACAAGAGCUCCAGGACGAAAGCUCUGGUGCUGGAGCUGCUGGCUGCAGUGUGUCUGGUCAGGGGGGGACACGAGAUCAUUCUGUCCGCGUUCGACAACUUCAAAGAGGUGUGCAAGGAGAAGCAUCGCUUUGAGAAGCUGAUGGAGUACUUUCGCUGUGAGGAUGGGAAUAUUGACUUCAUGGUUGCCUGCAUGCAGUUCAUCAAUAUCGUGGUCCAUUCGGUGGAGGACAUGAACUUUCGAGUCCACCUCCAAUACGAGUUCACCAAGCUGGGCUUAGACGACUUCCUGGAGAAAUCCAGACAUACAGAGAGCGACAAGCUCCAGGUGCAGAUCCAGGCGUACCUGGACAACGUGUUCGACGUGGGGGGCCUGCUGGAGGACGCGGAGACCAAGAACGUGGCCCUGGAGAAGGUGGAGGAGCUGGAGGAGCACCUCUCCCACCUGACAGAGAAGCUGCUGGACUUGGAGAAUGAGUCCGUCAUGAAGGUGGCUGACCUGGAAAAGAUGCUCCUGCGUAAGGACAAGGAACUGAUCGCUGUCAAGGAGACGUACGAGUCGACCAGCACGCAGGUGCAGACGCUGCGGCGGGUGAUCAGGGAGAAGGACGCGGCCUUCCAGCGGCAGCGCGGCAUCGAGCGGCGGCUGCAGGAGCUGGAGCAGCAGGGCUCCAUCCGCCUGAGCAAGCGGCCCGACGGGGACAUCGCCAUCGAGGCCCUGGGCGCCGGGGGCGGAGUCCCGGGCGUCGCCGGGGAGCCCCUUGGCGGCGCGGGGCAGCCGGCUUUGGCGCCCGGAGCUGUCGCCGACCCCUCCGUCGCCGCCCCCGAACCCCCGGCGCCGCCCCCGCCUCCGCCCCCACCGCCCCCUCCUCCCCUGCCCUCAGCCUCAGGGGACUUCAUACCAAUUCCACCCCCUCCUCCUUUGGCCCCGCCUUUGCCAGGGAUGCUGCCGUCCGUCAUCCUCAGCGUCGGCCUAUCGGCCAUCAGGAUAAAGAAGCCCAUCAAGACCAAAUUCCGCCUGCCGGUGUUGAACUGGACCGCACUUAAACCCAACCAGAUCAACGGCACCGUCUUCACCGAGAUCGACGACGAGCGCGUUCUGGAGGAGCUGGACCUGGAUAAGUUUGAGGAGCUGUUCAAGACGCGGGCCCAGGGGCCCGUGAUCGACCUCUCGGGCCCCAAGACCAAAGUGUCCCAGAAGGCGGCGAACAAGGUGACCCUGCUGGACGCCAACCGCUCCAAGAACCUGGCCAUCACGCUCCGCAAGGCCAACAAGAGCAGCGAGGAGAUCUGCAGGGCCAUCCAGACGUUCGACCUGAAGGCGCUGCCGGUGGACUUUGUGGAGUGCCUGACGCGGUUCCUGCCCACGGAGGCGGAGAGCAAGCUGCUGCGGGGGUACGAGCGGGAGCGGCGGCCGCUGGACCAGCUGGCCGAGGAGGACCGCUUCAUGCUGCUCUUCAGCAAGAUCGAGCGCCUCACCCAGCGCAUGAGCAUCAUCACCUUCGUGGGCAACUUCACCGACAACGUCGGCAUGCUCACGCCUCAACUGAACGCCAUUAUCGCUGCCUCAGCCUCAGUCAAGUCCUCCCCCAAACUGAAGAGAGUGCUGGAGAUCAUUUUAGCCCUGGGGAAUUACAUGAACAGCAGCAGAAGAGGGUCCGUUUAUGGGUUUAAACUACAGAGCCUGGAUCUGCUGCUGGACACCAAGUCGACAGACAGGAAGAUGACACUCUUGCACUACAUCGCCCUCAUCGUCAAGGAGAAGUACUCCGAUCUGGCCAACUUCUACAACGAGCUGCACUUUGUGGACAAGGCUGCUGCAGUGUCCCUGGAGAACGUGCUGUUGGACGUUCGGGAGCUGGGGAAGGGGAUGGAUCUGAUCCGGAAGGAGUGCAGGCUGCAUGACCACCCCGUGCUCAAAGGCUUCCUCCACUCCAGCGACCCCCAGCUGGACAAAGUGCAGAAGGAUGCCAAGACCGCUGAGGAGGCUUUCAACGAUGUGGUCAACUACUUCGGCGAGAGCGCCAAGACCACGCCUCCCUCGGUGUUCUUCCCGGUGUUUGUGCGCUUCAUCAGGGCUUACAAGGAAGCAGUGGAGGAUAAUGAACAGAAGAAGAAACAGGAGGAGGCCAUGAGGGAGAAACUCCUCGCUCAGGAGGCCAAGCAGCAAGACCCCAAGGUGCAGGCGCAGAAGAAGAGGCAGCAGCAGCAGGAGCUGAUCCUGGAACUGCGCAAGCGGCAGGCCAAGGACCACCGGCCCGUGUACGAGGGCAAGGACGGCACCAUCGAGGACAUCAUCACAGGUGGGGCAGUCAGGGGCCAGGGGCAUGCUGGGACAGGCUGUCUCGGGUCAAAGGUCACUGUAGUCCUAGAGGUCUCCGCCCUGCAGAAGUGCACAGUGUGUUAUGUUGUCAGGACCCCACUGCGCACAGGAAACAGUGCCUUUCAGGUCCGAUUCUCUCCACAAUCAGGGCCCAAUGUCUGAUGAGUCUGUCAUCAUACACGCACUGACUGAUAAAUCUGUCAUGAUAUAUGCUCUGACUGAUAAAUCUGUCAUGAUAUAUGCUCUGACUGAUAAAUCUGUCAUGAUAUAUACACUGACUGAUAAAUCUGUCAUGAUAUAUGCUCUGACUGAUAAAUCUGUCAUGAUAUAUACACUGACUGAUAAAUCUGUCAUGAUAUAUGCACUGACUGAUAAAUCUGUCAUGAUAUAUACACUGACUGAUAAAUCUGUCAUGAUAUAUACACUGACUGAUAAAUCUGUCAUGAUAUAUGCGCUGACUGAUAAAUCUGUCAUGAUAUAUGCGCUGACUGAUAAAUCUGUCAUGAUAUAUGCACUGACUGAUAAAUCUGUCAUGAUAUAUGCGCUGACUGAUAAAUCUGUCAUGAUAUGUGCACUGACUGAUAAAUCUGUCAUGAUAUAUGCACUGACUGAUAAAUCUGUCAUGAUAUGUGCACUGACUGAUAAAUCUGUCAUGACAUAUGCACUGACUGAUAAAUCUGUCAUAGAUGCACUGGCGGAUAAAUUUAUCAUGAUAUAUGCACUGACUCAUAAAUCUGUCAUGAUAUAUGCUCUGACUGAUAAAUCUGUCAUGAUAUAUGCACUGACUGAUAAAUCUGUCAUGAUAUAUGCGCUGACUGAUAAAUCUGUCAUGAUACAUCUGUCAUAAAAUCUGCAUAUCACAGGCACUGUCUUGCUAGCCUGCCAUAUUUACUGAUAAAUAUGUCAUGUUAUUUGCAUAAUCCAGGUGCUGUAUCUUUUUAAUCUUCUUGUGAUGCAUGCAAUGACAUGGUAUGUGUUAUGUGCUAUGGUAUACAGUAUGUACAAAACAGAAGAAAUCUGUCAGGAUACACGCAGUAUGGAAAACCUAAACGAUAAACUGUCAUAUCUGGACAGCCAGAUGUUUGUCAUGAUACAUCAUGAUCAUAGAAAAGGACUCCUUACCCAGUCCACGUACUCCUGUAAUGUCUCUGUUGUUGAGGUUUACUCUCCGGGAGGUGCAGGAUCCCACACCAGGAGAAACAUGGCAAUUCCUGUGUCACCUGGGAGGGUUUAGUAAUCCAGUGAAGUCCUCUUUUUUUUUUUACCUGGACUUGAACGCUCCUAAACCCCACCCACACUACCACCUCCCUGCUUACCUCAACGGUCCCUUACCUGAGCAGCUGACCCGAGUCCCUGUCCAAUAUAGUUCCCCAUUAAACCUGUUCUAACGGCUUACCCUUGUGGAGUCAACACCCGGGCUGCCCAGGUGGGGGCAGCAUUGCGGCGUCUGGCCGGGGAAUAAUACGAUUAGGAUGGAGAUUAACGUUUCCCUCGUGGCCCAGGUUCCCACGAGAAAUGACAUCCUGUGACAAUGACCGUAGUACAAGGAACAGGAGCAUCGUUAUCGAUGUUGUAGCUAAGAGGUUGCAAGUUUGAAUCCCUGGUGGGGCACACUGUUUCAAACCUUGGACAAAGUAAUAAGCCCACAUUUAUUCAGUAUCUAUUUAACGGUAUAAACAGAAAGUGUGUGCAAUGUAAGCUAGGUCAAGUCACUCUGGGUAAGGGGAGUUUUCUAAGAAUGAACAGAAGUGAUUGAAUAGUAGCGUGAUGAGACUUGGUGACGGAGGUAAAGUGUUUGACCAUCACACGGGGAUGCGGAUCCGGGGCCGGUGGGGGGGGACAGCAGCUGGGGCGCGGCCGCUCCCGGACGUGUGACCUGUUCUCUUUCGCAGUGCUGAAGAGCGUGCCCUUCACGGCUCGCACCGCCAAGCGAGGCUCCCGUUUCUUCUGCGAGACCAACCUCUGCGACGAGUCCAACUGCUAGCUCCGCCCCCCCCCCCGUUCCUUCUCCCGGC